AUGCCUGGCAAUAAAAGAGGAGCCGCUUUGAACAACGAUUCUGACGCGUCGUUGUCGAGCCUAGAGGGUGAACCACCCAUUAAGCAGUCAAAAUCCUCCAGCGAUGUCAAUUAUGAAAAAUCAGCAAAUGGGGAUAAAAUAAUAGAUUUGACGGGGAAAAAGUACGUCCGUGUGCACUCUUUUCGUGGUCGAGUAUUUGUGGACAUCCGUGAGUAUUACGAGGAUAAGAAUGACGGAGGAUUGAAACCAGGGAAGAAAGGCAUCUCUUUGAACAGCGAACAAUGGGAUAACCUGAAAAGCCUUAUUGAGAUUAUAGACUCCAAUAUAAAGGGGGCGAGUCUCUAG